AUGCGCGCCGGCGUGCGCUGGGCAUCGCUCCCGCUGUGGGCGACGUCCGUGGCAGCGGCGUACCGCAUUCUGCCCCCGGAGCCUGCCCACUGCUCGGCAUCUCCACAGAACCACAGCGUCGAUCCCGGUUUUUCCAAACUCGAUGAGCAUGUUGGGGCAUUCAAGGCCUGGCUGCAGCAGGCUGGCGGGGAGGUGUCGGGAGUAGAGUUCAGGCCAGCGCACCAGGUGUGA